UUACUGAAGCGCCCUUUAUAUCAAAGGCGCAGCAGCUGUGACGCAUGCGCAGUGUUUUGGGAAGAAUGGCAGCCAGACUCCUCUUGCGAUCAGCGACUCGUGCUGCUGUUUACAGCCGUCGCCCUCUCCCAUCUCAAGCUGUCAUUAGAGGACUGGCAUCUGGAGGCAUUCCCACAGAUGAUGAGCAGGCCACCGGUCUGGAGAAGAUCGUGUUGCAAGCUUCCAAGAAAGGAACGGAUCCAUAUAGCAUUUUAAAACCGAAGGAGUAUGCCGGCUCCAAACAAGACCCUCAUAUCGUCCCCUCCAUAACCAACAAGAGGAUUGUUGGCUGUGUGUGUGAAGAAGACAACACUGCAGUGGUUUGGUUUUGGUUGCAUCAGGGUGAGGCCCAGCGCUGCCCAUCCUGUGGCGCUUACUACAAACUCGUUCCACACGAGUUACCCCACUGAAACAUGCACUCCAGGCGGUCUAAACACACCCGUACCGACUCAAACACUAUCUCUUUCACUGUUCCCUUUUCUGAAGAAUAGAAUUGCACUUUAUAGGGAUCUAGUUUUCUUUUUCAUUGGUAUCUUAACAUGAGCAGAUUUAACAUUUUCAUUUUAACUUCAUGAAAACUGGCUUUCUGCGAAUCUGAAACGUAAGAUUCUGCAAUGUUUUCCUAUUUGUGAAUGUUGGUUUCAUUAUUUUAUGAGAAAGUUUACAUACCCUAUUGUGGUUUGGCUACUUCAGCAUUCCAAAUUUUCCUCAAAAAUACAAUGCAUUACUUGUUCUGUUACAUAAAUGAGCUGUUACUUAUAAUCUAUGACCAGAAGCAUUACUGAAGUUUGCACUUUUUUUUUCCAAGAGCGAUAAUGUCUGCAGCCUUUUUCAAUGUGUAGGCAAAGAUAUUACAUUCCCUACUGUGUGGGACUCAAACUAUAUUCCAUUUACUUUGAAAGUCUUAAAAAUAAAUGUCUCUCUUUGUUUAUCUAUCCUUUAAAAUAAAUGUGGCGUUUCAACA